AUGACGGACCGGGAGGAGGACCAGGCUCAGCCAGAGGAAUCGAGGUCCGUGUCCUGGCAGAGCGAGAGCGUCACGUUUCCAGUCUCCAGAGAGAAGAUCUGUGCUUGGCGGAUGCUACUGAGCAUGUGCGGGAACACGGCUCUGUCUACAGACUCAUUAGCAAAACCUCUGAAGCUACUGAAGCUCUUUAACCCUUCGCUGCCCAGCACAUAUAAAAGCAGGUCCAACAAGCUCAGAUUAUCCAGGUCAUCCAAAGUGGACAAAGACAAAGAUCUUUUAGGCAAGCUGUUUGUCUUCCCUAGACUUGGCAGAAUUGACUAUGUGAAACUAGCUACAACUAAAACCACGUUCAACGCUGCGACUGUCAGUUUCAGAUUCAUCACAGAUACCACCCAGGGCUACAGCCUCUUCUCUUUGGCUACUCCCGCACACCAAAACGCUUUUAUUCUGUAUAAGCCCAAAGCAGAUGUCAUCAGGGUGCAUGUUAACGACAUGGCCACAGACUUCCUGGCCUUGCCGACUCCCCCAAACACCUGGCACAGCAUGUGUACUACCUGGAGCUCUGACGAUGGACUUUCUCAGUUGUUGUUGAACGGCAAGUUGACCAUCAAGAGAUAUGUAGCGUCUAAGAAGCCAAUCAGUGGAGUACCCAUCAUCAUGCUGGGCCAAGAGCAGGACUCCUAUGGCGGCGGUUUUGAUGCAAAACAGUCUUUCAUUGGGAUGAUGUCUAAGGUCCACAUGUGGGAUUAUGUCCUCUCACCCACUGAGCUCAGAGCCUAUGAGAAGGGUGAAAACUUCAGACCAGGAAAUGUGCUCAACUGGAGAGCCCUGGACUUUCAGCAAGUAGGGAUGGCUUCUGUGCAUGAAGAUCCUGAGCAUGUUGUAAGAUGUACUUAAAUACUCUGCUUUGAAUAAA